AGAUGAAGCGCAUGUAUGGCAGCCGGGAAUAUAUUGUAAGAUAUUGUGAUAGUCGCCAUAUUGAUUUACAUAUAUACCAUUCGUCCAUAUUGUUCCUUAUCCUUCGUACAAUGUUCACAACUGCAGGCCAAGUCACCCACCCUCAGAUCUUGGGCGCAAACACCGGAGGCAACCCCACCUCCUCCAGUGUCUUAAUGACAGCAUCUCUCUUGACUAAAUUCGCAAUCAAAGCUGUAUAUUUCGGAUCCACAACAGUGAACGCAUCUCCAACCGCAUACAGGCCCCCGAGGCUAUUUUCAAUAAGCUCAUAGGCAGUUAUGAUAGUCGAUUUUCCCCUCGCCUUAAUACCAUCCAGCGCACUGGCAUCGUCCGAACAUCGCUCAGGGCGCCAGAGUCCGCCGUAUCCUGAUCCGUGCAGAUGGCCAGAGAGCCAAUUCAUCCACUCAUACACUCUGGCGGUUUCGAUGAGUGUUUUGCCAAGCAGUUUGCGAUCCGGGGGUCCAAGCUGGGCAAGCGCAGUGAGGAUCGCGGGCGCCUCUGUGAUGAUCUCGUCAUCGAUGGAGAGCACGGGGACGCGCCGCUUGGGGUUUAUGACGCCUAAACCAUUGGCGGAGAAGUCUGUUACGCGGAUGGUUUCCACGUCUAAGUCCAAUUCGCGGAGGAGGAUGUGUGGAGCCAGAGAGCAAGAGCCUGCCCAGUACCAGAACUUAAGCUUCGUCAUUAUGAAGCGUGGGGGAAUGUAUAUAUGUGUAUAUAACUUUAAAGAAGGAACUGAUUUUCAUGGCCACCACACUAGAUGGGACGUUUGUUCGAAUAAAUACUGUUCGCAACCCAGUUAUACAUCUCCCAAUAUCUUCCGUUCCUUGAUGUUAGCAUUCUGUGAACUUAGUUUCUUGCUGUGGAAUCCAGGAAACAAUUCCGAAGAUUUUAUCCUGCAUGAUCCAACGUCUCCUUUGGCAUACGAGGCUGUGGCGGAAAUUCAAUCCGCAGUGACUUCUCUCAACAUCCGCAAGCCGAAAAUGAGACCCUAUUAGUCAAGCACUGCUCACCUAAAUCCGAGCGACCUCGGACAAGGGAGUACAAUUAUUAAUCUGCUGACAUAUCUCGAGCAUUUUUCCAUCGACCAUAGGGUUUGAGCGAGCGAAGGGCGUUUGUCAUUUGAGGCCACAGUUAUCAGAUUCACACAUAGUCAAUCCGGGAAAGCGUUGUUUCACUGAGCAGAACGACGCGAAAAGGAACGCAUAGACGUAGUGGGGAAUUGAUUGUUAUUGAGGUUUUUUCUUUUCUUUUCUUUUCUUUUUUUUAAAAAAACAAAAAAGCACCAUGAAUUGAAGUUUCAUCACUAACUACCUGGUUCCUUGAAGCAGAACGUAGACUAGGAUGACGGACAGGGUGUGCCUUGGACCUUGGGGGAUUCGGGCACAAGAUUACUUCGCGGGAUAGAUAUCCGAAUCUGGAUGAAUACGAUUCUUCCUUGUUCAUAGCGGUGUUGAUAUAUAGUUGCGUCAAUGAAGCUCGAUAUGUCUCCACCACCGGUCUCUGAAGUUGAAGAAGCCAAGCAUCAUCGUAUUUUGCUUAUUUAGUGGCUCUGAACACGGACAAUGAUUGGCAUCUCCAUGCAAUUAAUAGAAGCAUCUCGUAUAGCCUGCUUGAGACUUUCUCCCCCAAGAUUCAACAGUGCAUACUCCGUAAAUCCAAUUCAAUAACGGGGACUUAGGGAGGACAUAGUUAUCUCCGGUCCGGCGUCCAGCCCAGAAAAAUUUAACUGCUCAAUGAUCAAGAAGAGCGAGCGCUCUGCCUCUUUGAUACAAAUAAUGAAAACACUCUCCGCAGACUCCAGGCGAAGACAAGACAGCUUCCUCGGCCUGCUUGAUUGUGGAAAUUAAGGCUCGCGUUUCCCCUCAACUCCCACUGGGCCGGCUGCCGAGCGCCGCAGUGGCAUGCUCUACUACCGCGAGCCGCUCGCUAGGCCGGGGAAGUUGACGAUUUGCCAAGGUGUUGCCGAAGCAAAAUGCGGGGGAUGUUGGAUAAUCUGCUCUUGUGGAGUCGUGGGGGGGAAUACUAUUCUUUUUAUUCUUUGAUGUUCAACAUGAAAUAAACAAAUUGACAGCUCGGAGCUCGAUUUGCCUCGGUAAAUGGCUAUAGAUUGCGAGGUUGUGCAGAACUAGAAUCUACAGCGUAUUUGAUGAAUGCUUCGGUUUUCUAGUUCAAACACUCUAGUUCUCUGUUUGACUUGUAGGAGGAUAAACGCUUCAGCCGAGCCGGAGCUCAAUCGUGUUCAUCUAGACAGAGGAGAGCGGAGCUAUACUGUCUCAAUCUACCCGAGCAGUUUACACCUCUUCUACCUAGGUAGUUUUCACCGAGGGGAAGCAGAAUAAUCUAUUGUGGCCGAUAUUUACUGCGCUUCCGCCAAUCUGCCUUGCUGAAUCCUCUUUCUACUCUACAAUUCAUCUCCAUUCUCGCACCCCAGUAAAUUAUUGUAGAAACCUGAACGAAAUCUACUAUGCCCUUGACAAAAAUCGCCGCUUCCGUAGCCGGUGCGCUGGCCGCAACCGCAUACCUGGAUGCCAAAUUCAUAGUCCGCCGCGACCUUUCUGCCGGCUCAAUUUCCGCCCAAGCAAAAGAUGCCUUGCAAUUUCUCACAGAGCGCUGGGAACAGGACAAAACUCUCAUAUACCAUUGCCUCGAGGCCCAUGCCCGGGGAGAGAAUCAGAAUAAUAUUUUCUUGGUCUUCGAAGACCGCUCGUGGACCUUCAAGCAGUUCUUUGAUGAUGUACAUCGGGUCGGGAACUGGCUGAUGAACGAUUUAGGGGUCCAACGGGGCGAGCUGGUUGCCCUGGACGGCGGGAAUUCGCCUGAAUAUCUUCUGCUGUGGUUUGGGCUGGAAUCCAUAGUUGCCUGUCCGUCAUUUAUCAAUUGCAACCUUACGGCCGCGCCGCUGGUGCAUUGUGUGAAGUUGUGUGGAGCGAGAUAUUUGCUAGCGGAUCGGGGGACGGAGCAUUUGGUCCGGCCUUGUGAGGAAGAGUUGAAAGAGGCGAAUGUCCAGACGAUAUAUUAUGAUUCAGAGUUUAUCGGUUUGCUCAAAAAUAGCACACCCACUCCCGAUUCUAGACGGGCGGGUGUUGGAAUGGAAGAUUUGGCGUCAUUGAUAUAUACUUCGGGUACGACCGGCUUCCCCAAGGCCACUAAUAUGAUUCGACGGAAAGAACUUACCACAUCAAGGGGAGCGUGCGAAUACCUCGGUCUCAAACCCGGCACGAAAAUGUAUACAUGUCUACCACUUUACCACGGCGCAGCUCACGGGCUUUGUAUCAAUCCAUCGAUAUAUGCAGGAUCAACCGUGAUCCUUAGCCGCAAGUUUAGCCACAAGACUUUUUGGCCAGAGGUUCGUGAGUCGCAAGCGGAUAUUAUUCAGUACGUUGGUGAAUUGUGCCGAUACCUCGUCAAUGCACCCCCUUCACCGCUAGAUAAGAAGCACAACGUGAGAAUGGCCUGGGGGAACGGCAUGCGACCGGAUGUAUGGGGUGUUUUCCGUGAGCGCUUCGGCGUUGAAACAAUCAACGAGCUUUACGCAGCCACUGAUGGGGUAUCAUCAAGCUUCAACGCCAAUAGAGGCGAUUUCGGACUUGGCGCAAUCGGGGUACGGGGCUUAUAUUGGCACUGGGUGAACGGAAGCAAUGAGAAACGGGUGAAAAUUGAUGUUGUAACCGAGGAAAUUCAGCGGGAUAAGAAUGGGUUCGCCAUUGCGUGCAAAGAUGGCGAACCCGGCGAAACACUGUAUAAACUGGACCCUGCCGCACCCAAUGCUGCUUUUGUUGGAUACUUUGGAAACAAGGGGGCGAGCGAGAAACGGAAGAUCCGCGAUGUAUUUCAAAAGGGAGACCUGUGGUUUCGAUCGGGGGAUAUGAUGCGCCAAGACCCAGAUGGUUGUCUCUACUUCGUGGACCGCCUAGGAGAUACAUUCCGAUGGAAGAGCGAAAAUGUGAGCACGAACGAAGUCGGAGAUGUGCUGGGUAAAUUCGGCAACAUUGCCGAAACAAACGUCUAUGGUGUGCAGGUGCCUCAUGCGGACGGACGAGCUGGCUGUGCAGCCCUCGUGCUGGCAGACAGCAUGACGGUCGAUUCGUUCGACUUUGGCGCAUUUGCAAAGUAUGCGAUUGGCGUGUUGCCUCGAUAUGCGGUGCCAAUUUUCGUGCGUGUUGUGCCCAGUUUUGAGACGACAGGGACGAUGAAGUUGCAGAAGGGAAAGCUGAGAGCUGAGGGAGUCGACCUGGAUAAGAUCAAGGAAAACGGCACAGGUGGUCGUUUGUUCUGGCUCCCUCCUGGUGGGAAUGCGUAUACUCCCUUCGAAGCAGAUCAGUGGGAGGCGUUGAAGGCCGGAAGGGUCAAGCUGUAGAUCUCCAACUCUUUAUGCAUGCUGUUUCGUUCUAUGACAACCCAAUCCAAAUUGGUAGCAUAGAAUGCAAUCUAACAAGACGUCUCGAACUUGGUGUGAGAUAAGUUGAGGGGGUAAUUAUCAUCUGGUAGCUAGAUAGAAAUUAGACACGGAGGGAUCUGCCUUAUAGCUCCAAUCCAUGUAAGCAUCAUUGUGAGAUGUGUGGCCAGAUGGUCGUGACGUAAUAAUAUAUUUCUGAUAUAGAUUAUUGAAGGGUUGU